ACACGCACACACACACACACACACACACACACACACGCAUACUGCUCCACAACUGGUAGGAAAAAAAAGAAAAACCUCAGACAUGGAUGACCCGCUCACAAAAUGGCUCCACUUACACAGUAACAUCAACAACACGGCUGAAACGGAUUUUGUGGGAGUUUAAAAAGGGUCACGGUGUAAAAAUGAUGGAAAAACGGGAGCAGGAGCUUUGUCCUGGAAGUCCCGACGCAGGAUCCGGUCCUGGAAAGCGAGAAGACUCGGCCAUCAUCUCUAGACACAACGGAUACAAGGAGGAAGAGGAGCCGGUGAGAGAAAGGGGGGAGGAGGGAGAUGAGGAGGAGGAAGAGGAAGAGGAGGAGCAGGCGGACGAGAAGGAGAGGGGAGGGAGCUUCAAAGGGGCUGAGGAGACGGAUGACGUUCCGCUGCAGAACUCGAGCAACGGGUCCAGCAUCAGCAUCAUCAUCAACGGCGUUGCCAGGGAAACUGCCUCUCUCAACGCCCUUGACCUGAAAAGGGAAGUACCGGUGAUCGAGCUCUCCAGGAGGGACGCUAUAAAAGCGCUAGAGCAGAGGACGGAGAGCCAUUUCGUGCCGAUCACGGAACUCCGCAGACCUCCACCGCUGCCAUUGCCGCCGCCGCAUCGAGACAACGCUCGAAUGGUCCAGCUGAGCCCAAACGCGUUCCCUGUCCCGGCCCGGGCGAUGCUCUACAACCUGGCGCAGCCUCUUGCCGCCAUCAACAGUCUUGGAGGAGAGUCAGAGCAGUACAGCAUGUACCCCAGCAACAGGGUAAAGCGCCGCCCGGCGCCUUAUGAGGUUGAACUCGACGAGGGUAGGCGCAUUUUAGAUCUUUAUAAGUAUGCUGGCCAGCCAAAGAUUGUGCGUCGCAUCUUCACAAACAGCCGUGAGCGUUGGCGGCAACAGAAUGUAAACGGUGCAUUUGCAGAGCUCCGCAAACUCAUCCCCACUCACCCUCCGGACAAGAAACUGAGCAAAAAUGAGAUUCUGAGACUUGCUAUGAAGUACAUCAGCUUCCUCUCUAACCUUUUGGAAGACCAGGACGGGGGAAGAAAUGUCGGCAGCACAACUGAUGGGGACACAGGCCUGCUGGUUGGUGUUCCGACCCAUGAGGGAGGCCCUCAGGGUGCUCCACACCAAGAAACAGCGGUGGACCUAGUAAGGGAUGAUCUUCUGGAGACGAUGUCACCAGGUUCCAGCUGUGGUAGCCUACCUGAUGGCGAUGCUGAGGGGAGUCCCGAGAGCUUCAUGGAGGACCAGGACUCACCUCCAGCAACAAGGACUCUAACAGCCUCCCGCGGACCCUCACUGCAUCUGGCAACUAGGGAUCUGAGGCGUAAUGGACGGCCAUUAGAUGGUUCCAGCCGACGAUGAUGCUUACACUAGGAGAUCAUAUUUAUGACGUCAAAGACUAAAUAAAAGCAACUACAGACCAUGUGAAGAGUAGAUUUCCUUAAAACCCUUUAUCUUGAAGUAAUCGGUUAAGGAAGAAUUGUCUUAAACAUAGAAAGUGAAACAUGCACCUGAGACAAUACAGUUAAAUAUCGUAGUUUAAUUUGAUCCACUUGUAAAUUCUGCAUGUUUCAUGCUCUUAGCCGACUCUAAGACUAUACAUUUCUACAUGUUGGAAGUUCCAAAGACACUGUGUGAAAUGAAAGCAUAGAAAAAAAAUUUAUGAGGCAAAGAAAUAUCUUAAAUCAAGCACCCAUCAUUUAGGAGAUGUUCAGUAAGGAGUUAAUUGUGUGCUAAGCCUGCAAUCACCGUUGAUUACAAAACAAUGCAUUUGGUAUAGAACCACUUCGUUUAAAAAAUUCUGCAGGAAACCUGACCUAAAAUGCCAAGACAUAAACUUCAAAGUGAAAGUGGAACCACUUUCAUUGGAAAGAAAAAUAAUGAUAAAAUACAUUUACUAGAAGCUGUUACAGUCCAGUUCGUCUGAUCUAGUUUACGUAUGUAUUGUAAAUUGUAUAUAUUUCCACUGCGCAUUGUAAUGAGAAUGACUUCCUCGCGACGAGGUUUCCGAUGUAACAUAGCGGGUUUGUUAAUAGGUUUGUCAUCGAAAAUGUCUUUUAAGUGACAAGAUUUAAGAAAACAGGGGAAAACAGGAAAUGUAGACAUCAAUGUAAAACUAUUACAGGAGGAUGAAAGUGCAUCAAAUGUGGUACCACUUCAGUCACAUUAGACUGUAUGAUUAGAAAAUCAUACAAAAUAUUUUAACAGACUGUUAACCAAUUACACUUUGUGUAAAAUAACAUCAAAAACCCAUGUAUUUGAAAUUGUUGUGGAGGUACAAUAUAGACAGUGCUCUUAAAGUGUACAAAACGUGGGUCAGAUGAAAUCUUGAGGUGACUCAUGAAGUCGUUUUGAUAUGAAUGUUUUCAUGUUUUUUUUAAACUAUAAUGCAAAUGUAGUUUAGCAAGGUACACAAAUAAGUCCCUUUGUUUCAGUAUUACAUGUGUACAUGUACACUCCCACCACACCUACUACCCCCCUUCACCCCACCCCCAUCCUAUUCUCCACUACCUUGCAGUAUUAAUAUAACAAGAACACCAGCAGUUUUCUGGAAGUUAAGUAUUGCUCACUGCUGUUGGUUAUUCUGCUUUUGUAGCAGAACCUGGUAGCUUAUCUUGGUACCUUUGGUAUUUUAUGAAUAACAAUAAAGGAACAUUGUACGUUUGGUAAUGACAUAUUUGUUGUAUGAUAGCUGUACCUAUAAAUAUAUACAAUGUUAAAGGGAUGGAUUUUAUACAAAAACAGAAUAAAAUAUGCAGCGGAAGAAUGAA